AUACCCCUCAGGAAGAAAUUUUCACAGUGAAUUCGAAAGUGACACACGAUAUAAAAGUAGUUAACAGGUAUUCUGAAAAUUCAUAUGAGAAUGCGUAUCGGAUGAGUUUAGAAAUUUCAGAAGAGUUCAAAAAAACCGUUUCCUCAGGGAACGAUCAGAGUUAUAUGUCUUCAGUUAAGCCAGAUCUCGAAGUAUCCAUAGAGCAAGAUGAUGAGCAGGAAUCGCUAGAUAAAAAUAAAAUCAUAGAACAG